AUGGACGUAGAGGAGACCCAAACCACCUCCAACACCAUAAGGUCCGAAAUCGCUAUACCCAAAGCGUCGGCUGCACCCGUUGCCGCUCUAAGGACCAGGGUUAUGCGACCACCGGAGAUAAGGGAAGAGCAGCUAUUGGAGCCACAGGGGCCUGCAUAUUGCAGCCUGUGCCAUCGCCCGCACGCCCUGAAACGAUGUACCAUUUUUAAGAGCAUGAAGCCCGCUCAACGAAAACAGGUUGCAAGAGCCCAUGGGCAUUGCAUGACCUGCCUGGCAGAUGACCACGCCACCAUAGAGUGCUGGGCCGACGGCGCCUGUCUAUAUUGCCAGAGGCCCCAUCACACUCUAUUUCAUCGUUUUCCCCGCCGAGCCAAUCCGUCGGAAAGUAGCACCAACACCCGUACCAGACCACGCAGCGAUGCUAUCCGGCGACGACGAAGCAGCCAAUCAACCACAACACGUACACGGCCAUCUCCGCCACGCCACGCUCAUCGUCAGCAACAACGACGCUCAACAGGGUUGAGCGCUGUACUAAACACACUGCAACAGCUGCAGAGGCUCCUAGCCGAUUAA